AUGUUUGUUGCGCCUUUUACUGUUUAUUCCUCUGUGUUCUUAAUUGGAUGGACAUUAAUCAACCGUCUGAGUGGGGCGUGUAGAGCCGCUUACUGGAAGAGAACAAGGCGCUUUCGAUUGAGUGGUCGCAUCUGUCGGAUCGGAUGGGUAACGUGCAGAGGAUGCAUACGGAUCUCGAGUGCUCGGUUCGACCUGCGUCCCCUCGACCCCUUCGAUGGCGACGUUCCUGCCAUUGACCCCGCGCCCUGUCGUCCGCUCAGCCCGCGCCACCCUGCCACCCAGCACCCUCGCACGCUUGCGCCCAGAACCCUCGUGCUCAUCUCCUCUGCUGUCGACGUCCCCACUCUCGACAUCGUAAACGCUCACCACCCAGAGCCCCCAGGGGCCCCGAUCCCAUCAAAUGUCGCCCAUCUCCUCGAUCCCAUGUGUUCGUUCUCGCCUGCGUCCUGUCACGCACAACCACGCACACUCGUUCCCUUAGAUACUCACACAGCCUCCACCCGGCGCCCUCCUGCUCGUCUCAUCGAUCCUGUACGCAUUCAUCCCCACACCCCCGACACCCCCGCGAUACAGCGCCCUCAACAUCUUCAAUCACUGAGGGCUGAAUUGCGAAGCUGCUCCGUCGACACCUCCGCGCGCGUACUACACGCAAAGCAUCGCGACCAUUCUAGUGUCGACGAGGAGGAUGAGACCCAGCUGGCAACGGAGGACGAGGAACGAGUGCGUCGGAGAGACGAGCUGAGAAGAGUGGGCACGGAUGACGAGGCUAUCCACAAGGGAUGUAGGUUCAAGCGCCCGCUUUUGCCUGCGACUAAUAUCCUCCUACCCCGCCCAGCCAAUUCGUACCGCACGCGCGACCAGUCCUGGUACACUUUCGGGCACGGGCUUGUUCUGAUGUACAUCGAGCUCGGUGUCAUCACCUCGAUUACGUACUAUACCUUUCUGUGGUGCGAGAACGCGCGGCGGGACCACGGUGAGCAGUUAGAGGUUGUCGGCGGCGUGGACGGGAAGGAAGGCGUGGUGGGAGUAGAGAAGGAGGGGCUGGGGGGGGUGGAGGUGCACGCACGCCGUAACGGGCGGUUUGCGAGUGUUGCAGGGGCGACGCUUGUCUCCUCGACACCACUCCUGCCCUCCUACUCGUCCUCUCAAAACCCUCGACCUUCACUCCCUCAAAUUACCAACUAUCGACUGCCCGCAGAUCGCACCCAGACCCUACCUCGAGGAUCAGGAACGGCUGCAGCGGAGAGACGCACUGGGAAGAGGGUUGAAACGGAUAACGAGGACAUCCACGAUGGAUGCAAACUCGUUGAGCAGGCCAAUUCGACCUCCUUCAACCUCCUCAACGGCACGCACGCACGCACGCUCCCUCGAUCCCUCGACGGUUCGCACCAACUCCUCACUCCUUCCCUCAGCCCCUUGCACACGCGCCCCUUCGACCCCACGCCUACGCCUAUCACUGUCUCGUUUGGCGUGCUGCACGGUUUCCAUGGCGAUGGCGUCCCGCUCCACCAGCGCCUGCGUACUCGCGGCUCGACGACGCGGACAACCACGACAACGAAGAGGAGGACAAGGAGGAGCACAGAAGAGGCAAGGAAACGGUCGACGAGGAGAUCUGCAAAGUUCCUCCCCCGUACACGUACACCUCCCGCCUUCUACCUAACUCUCCAUGUCGCCUUCAACGAUCUACCCCUCGACUUUACCCGCCCCCUCCUCUCGUCCGCUCAACCUCUUCCACGUCUGACCCGCUCUCCCGUCCGACCUGCUCUCUCGUCCGGCCCUCUCGACCCCAUCGCUCGCUGUACCGCCCUCCCCGCUCUCCUCGCACGAUCUCAUGCCCACUGGCCCACCGGCCGGCUCGCCUGCAUCGUCCACAUCCCCUCGCGCAUCGCAUGCGUUGCCCGGACCCACGCUCGACUCACUCGCAUCUCCCACUCGACGUCACGCUCGCCUGCUCGCUACAGCUCGACACCACCCACCAUCCUAGCAUAUCCUCCGCCUCCUCCACCUUCGUCAACACCUCUGCCUCCGACGCCUCGUCCGCCGUCACCAUCAUCACCACCCACAUCACCACCACCACCACCACCACCACCUCCUCCACCUCCUCACGCCGCUCCUCGAGUCCUUGCGCACCAUGCCCAGCGCCAACCGCCGCGACCGCAACCGGACCUCGCAGGACCGCCCCAAGUCGAUGUCCGCGGCGAGCACCGCUCACAUACGCGCCGCCCUCCUCGACCAGGCUUCUGCUGCCGCAUCCGCAUCCGCAUCCUCGCGCACCGGCCGGCCUUGCCUUCCCCCAGCGUCACGCCCCCCUCCACCCUUGGCUGCUGUAUGAACG